AUGGGAAUGAUGUUACAAAAUGUGGAUGGAAGGAGCAUGAUGAAGAAAUCAAAUAAUGAGGAUGUGAAGAAGCCUCAAUGGUUCUUUGAUAGUGUACCUUCUAGUGGUGGAGUAGGCUCAAUUGGUGGUGGAGGUGGAGGAUUCGGUGGCGAAGACGGUGGUAGUGGUCUAGGGGGUGGUUUUGGAGGAGGUAGUGGUGGCGGUGGUGGUUUGGGGGGUGGUUAUGGAGGCGGAGGCGGAGGCGGAGGCGGAGGCGGAAUAGGAAAAGGGAUAGUUGGUGGAGUUGGUGCAUAUGGAGGGAUUUACAAAGGAAUUGGUGGUGGCAUUGGAGGAAUUGGUGGUGGUGCCGGUGCCAUUGGUGGUGUUGGUGGUUUUAUUGGAGCCACCAAGAAACAAGUUGACGCAAAUAAUAAACCAUGA